UAAGACUGAAAAAAGUGACAUGAAUUUUAUUAAAAGAUGUAAGGCUAAUAAUAUAUUAAGAACUAAAGUAAUUAAUUUAAGUAAAAAUGCUUCAACUGGAAUUAGUAAGUGGAAUAAUGAAUUAACAACAUCUAUAAAGCUUGAUAUCGAAAACUACUGGAAAAAUGAAAUAAACAAAUCCCAAAAUACAAAAACUGGAAAAAAAGAUGAUAAAUAUUUCGUAUUAUCUAUGUUUCCAUAUCCAUCAGGAAAAUUACAUAUGGGUCAUGUCCGGGUGUAUACAAUAAGCGAUGCUGUAGCACGAUAUUAUCGUCUUAACGGUAAAGAAGUCAUACAUCCAAUGGGUUGGGAUGCAUUUGGACUUCCAGCUGAAAAUGCUGCCAUUGAACAUAACGUCGAACCUUCAAAAUGGACUCAAGAAAAUAUAGCAAAUAUGAAACUCCAAUUAGAAAAAUUAGGUUGUAGUUUUGAUUGGUCUCGAGAACUGGCAACUUGUAAUCCAGAUUACUACAAAUGGACUCAAGAUUUAUUUAUUAAAUUAUUUCAAAAUGGAUUGGUUUAUCAGAAAGAGUCCUUAGUUAAUUGGGACCCAAUUGAUCAAACUGUAUUAGCCGACGAGCAAGUUGAUAUUAAUGGAUGUUCGUGGCGAUCUGGAGCAAAAGUUGAGAAAAAACCUUUGAAACAAUGGUUUAUACGUACUACAAGAUUUGCAAAGCCCCUGUUAGAUGGUCUAAACGAUCCUCUUUUAGAUAAUUGGCGUGAUAUCAUUAAAUUACAAAGACAUUGGAUUGGAGAAUGUAAUGGAGUUUUAUUCAAUUUUGUUUUGGAUAAUGACGACAAAGAAAAAAUUUCAUUAUGGACCGCGUAUCCAGAAUAUAUUGAGUAUUGUAGUUUCAUUGCUUUUUCUAAAAAAAGUUAUUUAAGUUUGAAAAAUAAUAAUGGGAAAAUUACACAUGCCAUCAAUCCGUUUACUCAAGAAAAGGUUCCUAUUUUAUUUACCGACGAAAUCAAUUAUCCUGAAGGUUGUGAUUCAUAUAUAGGAAUACCAUUUGUAUCUGAAUCAGACCAUGACAUAGCAACACGUAAUAAUUUUCCAAUUAAAAACCCUGAAAAAGUUUUACAAAAUGAAGUCGAAAAAAUAGAUGCGAGAAACGAAAUUUGUUCUAGAGCUAAACUCUUAAAUAUUGGAGGAUAUUGGUGUAGUUCAAAAUUACGUGAUUGGUUAAUUUCACGACAAAGAUUUUGGGGUACACCUAUACCAAUAAUACAUUGUAAAAGCUGUGGACCACAGCCGGUUCCAUCAAAAGAUUUACCGAUUAAAUUACCAGAAUUAAAAAAACUUUCUGUAAAAGGAUUGCCACCACUUUUAAACGCAACUGACUGGUUACAUACUAAUUGUCCAAAAUGUGGAGGUGAUGCAACUCGAGAAACCGAUACAAUGGAUACAUUUGUAGAUUCCUCAUGGUAUUAUUUAAGAUAUAUGGAUUCUAAAAAUGAAAAAGAACCAUUUUCACGCGAUCAAGUUAUGAAAUUAUCUCCAGUCGAUUUGUACAUUGGGGGAAAAGAGCAUGCAACGUUACAUUUAUAUUAUACACGGUUCUUACAUCAUUUUUUACACUAUUUGGAUUUAGUUCCGGAACGGGAACCGUUUAAGAAAUUAUUAGUUCAAGGUAUGGUUAAUGGCCGAACGUAUCGUCUAAAAGGAAGUGGAAAGUAUUUAAAAGAAAAUGAAAUCGAAAUUAUCGAUUUAAAGAAAGGACAAGCUGUCGAAAAAAGUACGAAACAACCGGUGGUUAUCGCAUGGGAAAAAAUGAGUAAAUCAAAACAUAAUGGAGUCGAACCAAAUUAUAUGUUCGAUGAAUACAGUGUCGAUACAACUAGAUUAUUAAUUUUAGCUGAUGUCGCACCAACAUCACCAAGAAAUUGGAACACAGCUACAUUUCCCGGUAUAUUAAAUUGGCAAAAACGAUUAUGGUUAACAGUGAACGAUUUUUUAAAAUAUCGUUCUGAAUUACCCCCAAAAAUUGAUUCGGAAAAAUUUCAAGCACAAGAAGAGAAGUUAUACGAUUCUAGGAAUUAUUACAUUACAGGUGUUAAUUUUAAUAUAUGCUCUGCCCAACAAUUAAGUGUUGCAAUUUCAAAAAUGCAAGGUUUGACAAAUUCGUUACGUCAAUCAACACCGGAUGUUGUUGCAUACGGUGCUCAUUAUGAACAUGCUUUAGCCGCUCAAAUAAUUAUGUUAGCACCAAUGGCACCACAUUUUGCAUCGGAGCUAUGGGCAGGAUUUAUAUCAGCACCAAAUAAAAUAAAUAACACGGAUAUUUUGUGGAAUAAAAAUGUUUUAGAACAGUUAUGGCCAGAAGUGGAUUCAAAUUAUAAAUGUAAUUUAGAUUUUAAAGUGAAUGGUGAAGAUAUAUCGUUAUGCAAAUUAAAUCGAACUGAUUUAGAUAAAUUGACGUACACACAAGCAUACGAAUUAGCUACAAAUGAUGAAAAAUUAUUUAAUUUUAUUGAUAAUCGAAGAAUUGUAAAAAUACAUUUUAAUUUGUACAAAAGUUGUAAAGCAAUAUUACAUUUUAUUGUUGAUCGA